AUGAGCUCUACCGGUGCUAAGCCCAAAGUUCUCCUCCUUGGAAGUGUUGACCAUGCUUCUACAGCCUGGACCGCAUUGGGUGAAGUAGCAGACCUAGUCGAGCCAAUAGCAACCAACCGCGCAGAGUUCAUCCAAGAAUGCAAAGACGGCAAAUUAGAUGGUGUUGUCGCGGUCUAUCGGACGUUCUUCUCCGGAAAGAUGACAGGGCUUGUUGAUGAAGAACUUGUGAAUAUACUGCCAAGCUCGCUCAAAUAUAUUGCGCAUUGUGGAGCGGGAUAUGACCAAAUCGAUGUCCAUGCAUGCAGCACCCGCAACCCUCCAAUCCGGGUUUCCAAUGUCCCAACCGCAGUGGAUGAUGCCACGGCCGAUAUAAACAUGUUCCUGAUUCUGGGCGCACUGCGCAACUUCAACACCGGCAUGAACGCCCUUCGCCAGGGAAGGUGGCGUGGAAAGCCUGCACCACCUCUCGGUCAUGACCCUCAAGGAAAAGUCCUUGGUAUUUUGGGAAUGGGUGGUAUUGGGCGCAACCUGAAGAAGAAGGCUGAGGCCUUUGGGAUGAACGUUGUUUACCAUAAUCGCCGCAAGUUGAGCGAUGAACUGUCUGAUGGGGCUGAAUAUGUGCCGUUUGAUGUGCUUUUGUCUUCCAGUGAUGUGAUCAGUUUGAACUUGCCGUUGAAUAAGAAAAACACUCGCCAUAUUAUCAGCAGAGCCGAACUCGCCAAGAUGAAAGAUGGUGUCGUUGUUGUUAACACCGCUCGUGGGGCUGUCAUGGAUGAGGCUGCCUUGGUUGAGGCCCUCGAUAGUGGCAAGGUGUUUUCAGCUGGUCUCGAUGUGUUCGAAGAGGAGCCUACAAUUCACCCUGGUCUUCUUAGCAACCAGAAUGUGAUGCUUGUGCCUCAUAUGGGCACUUGGACUAGUGAGACCCUUCUCGCUAUGGAAGAGUGGGCUAUUGAGAAUAUCAGCAUGGCUAUCCAAUUUGGGAAGCUGAAGAGCCCGGUUCCAGAACAGGCUGAUCUGUAG